CCGUUCGGAUGGUCUAAACCCGGCGCAUAUCCGUUGCCCAAGUCUGCUAGGGUUCGCUCUCCUUCUCGCCCCCUCCGCCGCCGUCGUGCCCGCCGUCCCCUUCGCGCCGGCGGCGUCCCCACGUCCUCUCCUUGACCUCAGCGGCCAGAUCGAGCCAGGGCCGGGCUAUUCCUCGCCGGAAGCGGACGAUUCGGCACCACCGGGGUCGAGCCGGCCGCCCUUGUUCCGGGGUCCUACCCACGACGCUGGUAGGGAUCCAGGGUCCCGGCGGCCGUGCAACGCGUCAGCUCCGGCCGGUGGACUACAGCACGCCCCCCAUUCAGCUCCAGGCCAGUGAUGUUCGAGACGGCGGCGCCGAUCGGCCUGUCAUGGGCGCCCAAGCUGCCUUCCCUAGCGAUGACGAGCGGUGGCAGCAAGAGCGACCCGGCGCCGAAAACGAGCACCGUGCAGGGGUCGAUCUGGAAGCCUGCGAGCGAGCUUGUGGAUGGGCUGUUCGUGCCACCGACGGACCCCAGGAAGGUUAACAAGCUCGCCAGGAAGAAUAUCAAGGACACCACCGGCAAAGGCUGGUUCGACAUGCCGGCGCCGAGCAUCACUCCCGAGUUGAAGAAAGAUCUCGAGAUUUUGCAGCUGAGGCAUGUAAUGGACCCAAAAAGGCACUUCAAGAGGGCAGGGAAGUCCAAGGCCCUUCCCAGGUACUUCCAAGUUGGUACAGUUGUUGAGCCUCCAUCUGAGUUCUACUCAGGUAGGCUGACGAAGAGGGAGCGAAAAACAACAUUGGUUGAUGAGCUGUUAUCGGAUCAAUCUCUUAAGAACUACAGGAAGCGCAAGGUACGGGAAAUCCAGGAGAAUCGUACACCAGGAGGCAACCAAAAGUGGAAGAACAAGGGGAAGCAAACACUUAAGAGGGCCAAGGAUAGGCGAAAAUGAGAUUGGUGUGUCACCUGCUUCGGUCGUGAGAAAGAAGAGAGUGGAGAAUUGGACGAAGGUUCACCUUCAGGUCUCUCUCUCUCUCUCUCUCUCUCUCUCUCUCUCUCUCCCUCCCCCCCCCCCCCCCCUCCCCCCCUCUCUCUCCCCCUCGCCCUCGCCCUCUCUCUCUAGAUUUUACGGUAUAAAUUGUGAUUCCAGUGUAAUGUGGUGAACCAGCAGCAUGCUGAUUGCUGAAUGCAUUUUCAGUUCUAAAUAUUUUUGAAGUAGCAGUGUAGCAUCAAAAUUCAGAAAUGUUGGUUGGUGGACU